UUCUUCAAGUUCACAAUGGUACAUGAAAUUUUCUUGCUUGUUUGCACCAUAGCUCUUCUAGCUUCUUCCUCAUUGGUUUCAGCUGAAGUUCUUAAACAUUCUUUUCACAGCCCGAAUCCAGCGAGGAAGAUAUUAGUACAUUUCAAAGACUUGGACAUUAAGGGAUCCAUUGAUUAUGGAGUUACGGCAAUAAGUUUAGGCAGUACAGAUUUCGGCGGCUUAUAUUCAGAGAAGCCGUUAGCCGUUAUAACUCCAGCCGGAGCCGAUGAUAUUGGUCAGGUGAUAAAGCAUGCAUUACACUCACCAACAUUAACGGUAGCCGCAAGGGGUAACGGUCAUUCAGUUAACGGCCAAGCUAUGGCCCGUCUUGGACUGGUAAUCAAUAUGAAAUCAAUGGCUGAUAAUAAAAAAAUCGACGUCAACGGUAACUACAUGUACGUCGAUGUAGGUGGUGGAGCAUUAUGGGGUGAUGUAUUGAAACACUGCGUUUUGAAUUACGGCUUGGCUCCAAAAUCCUGGACGGAUUAUCUCGAUUUAACGGUCGGAGGUACUCUGUCUAAUGCCGGUGUUAGUGGUCAGGCUUUCCGAUUUGGACCACAAACGUCAUCUGUAACGGAAUUGGAAGUUGUUACCGGUAACGGAGAAAAAAUGGUCUGUUCAAAUUCUCAAAAUUCUGAACUAUUCUUUUCUGUUCUUGGUGGACUUGGUCAGUUUGGUAUUAUUACUAGAGCUCGGGUUUUACUUCAACCCGCCCCAGAUAUGGUGAGGUGGAUAAGAGUGGUAUAUAGUGAAUUUAAUGAUUUCACUCGUGAUGCUGAGUUAUUGAUAACGAGGGAAGAAACAUUUAAUUAUGUGGAAGGAUUUGUAUUCGUGAAUAGUAAUGACUCGGUAACUGGGUGGCCAUCAGUGCCAUUGAAUUCGAAUCAGUCAUUUGACCCGACCCUUUUACCCAAAACAGCUGGUCCGGUUCUUUAUUAUCUUGAAUUGACCUUGCAUUAUAACAACCAUGACGAUCCCUCCACUGUAAAUAUGAUGGUUGAGAAAUUGCUGGGCAAAUUGAAAUAUUUGGAGCAUUUUAAAUUUGAGACUAACUCGACUUAUAUGGAUUUUUUGUUACGAGUUGAUAAUGUAGAAGAAGCGGCUAGAGGUAGUGGUAUAUGGGCUACACCUCAUCCAUGGCUUAAUAUGUUCAUUUCCAAGAAAGAUAUUGAUGCAUUCAAUCGGAUUGUGCUUGAAAAUAUUUUAAAGAAUGGUGUUAAUGGUCCUAUAUUGACAUAUCCUCUCCUGAGUAGCAAGUGGGAUAACCGAUCGUCAGUGGUAUUACCCCAAGGUGAAAUAUUUUACUUAGUGGCUUUGCUAAGGUUUACUCACGAAAAUCCAAAAGAGUCUGAAAUAAAGCAAAUGGUGGCACAGAAUCAAGAGGUUGUACAAACUUGUAUCAAGAAUGGAUUUGAUUUUAAAUUAUAUUUUCCUCAUUAUGAGUCCACAGUUGAAUGGAAGAGUCACUUUGGGGAUCAAUGGGAAAGAUUUGUUGACAGAAAGAGACAGUUUGAUCCAAAGGCAAUCCUUGCACCUGGUCAAAAAAUAUUUACUAGAAAUCAUAUACUAUAAUAAAUAGCCCAGGACAAUUGAUUUUCUCCAUUCGCGGUCUUUUUUACCUUUUUAUUGGAUAUUGUGAUUCUUAAGAAACAACUCUAAAAGGAAUGAAUGUACUAACAUUCUUAGUUUCAUUUUCA